AUGAAUUAUGGUUCGAGUUCUAAUCAAUUCGAUUGGGUUGCGUAUAAUGAGCAAAUACUUGAAGAAGACAACGAAGCAGAUACACUUGCUCGUCUACACUAUGAAGCAGCCGUUAAUCAAGAGGUUGUACACGAUGGCUCUGUUCCUGGACGCAAAUAUAAACCUCGCGACCGAAAAGAGACAACCGCAACCGAGACCUUGCGCGAAUUUUGCAAAACAAUAUUGUGGUUGUAUAAAGAUGAGUAUCUUUGUGCUCCGACAAACGCAGAUAUGACAAGGCUACUCGACAAAGCGGAACGACGCGGGUUCCCAGGAAUGAUCGGUUCACUAGACUGUAUGCACUGGACAUGGAAAAAUUGUCCAACUGCAUGGCAGGGGAGCUUUUCGGGAAGAAAACAUAAACCCACAAUUUUUCUCGAAGUAGUGGCUUCAUCUGACACUUGGAUAUGGCAUGCAUUCUUUGGCGUACCCGAUUCACAAAACGAUAUCACUAUCUUGGGUCGUUCACCCUUGUUCGACAACCUUGUUCAGGGAAUUUCCCCAAGAGUUCACUGUCAGGUAAAUGAAAAAGAUCACUACAUGGCAUACUAUCUUGCUGAUGGCAUAUACCCGAAAUGGGGUACGUUAAGGCAAUCCAUUAAGCAGCCGAGAACACAUCAAAAACAGUUGUUCUAA